GAUCAAAUGGGGGUGAAGGAAUUAAAUCAGAAAGAAAUAGAAUUAAAUAUAUUGUUAUUAUUAAGGAAACAGGUGGAAUAGAGCGAAAACAAAAUGUCACAGCAAAGCUCUGAAAACUGCCAUUAAAUUACACUGAAAGUCGUUCAUGGAGAAGAUGAUGAGCUUUUAUAAUGAUGGCGAGUUUUAAAGUUUAUCAAAAGCGUUCACGACUAUAAGCAAAUACUGUAUCUGAUCUCAUGUUACUAAUAGAUAUAACCACUCACCCCCCCACCCACCUACACACACACACACACACACACACACACACCAGGCUGAGUUUCGUUUUCAAAGUUUGUAAACAGAAACAUUUCGGCCGCUCAGCUGAUCGACUCCCCUCCCCGUGUUAAGGGCGGGCCCUGCAGCUAUAUCUAUUUGAUACGCAACAUCAACUUCAGAGCAAAUAAAUGUGAUGUGGUCGUUUUUCUCUCUGAUGGCGUCUCCGAAGCUGCUGCUGCAGCUCUGCAUCAGCAGCCUGCACCACAUCACAGCGAGCGUCUUUUCACUCGUUUGGCGCUGGACACCAGGAGCCUUCAAGGGAACAGACAGGACAUUGGAGGAAAGGAAAGUCCAAAAUGCAACGACUCCGACGAGUGUCAACUAUCAUUUUACGCGCAAGUGUAAUUAUAAAUGUGGAUUUUGUUUCCACACUGCAAAAACAUCCUUCGUCCUGCCUCUAGAAGAAGCCAAGAGGGGCCUCAGACUUCUGAAGGAAGCAGGUAUGGAAAAGAUCAACUUCUCUGGAGGAGAGCCUUUCUUGCACGACAAGGGAGAUUUCCUGGGGAGAUUAGUUCAGUACUGUAAACAGGACCUGCAGCUCCCCAGUGUCAGCAUCAUCAGCAAUGGAAGUAUGAUCAAAGAAAAAUGGUUCCAGACAUAUGGUGAGCAUCUGGACAUCUUGGCCAUCUCCUGUGACAGUUUUGAUGAAGCAACCAAUCAGCUGAUUGGCAGAACUCAGGGCUCAGGGAGGAAGAGCCACCUCGACAACCUCUACAGGAUUCGCAGCUGGUGCCAGCAGUACAAAGUGGCGUUCAAGAUCAACUCGGUCAUCAACACCUUCAACGUUGACGAGGACAUGACGGAGCAUAUCGUCGAGCUCAACCCAGUCCGCUGGAAGGUGUUCCAGUGUCUGCUGAUUGAUGGGGAGAAUGCAGGAGAGGUGGCCCUGAGAGAGGCAGAGAGGUUCGUCAUCAGCGACCAGCAGUUUCAGGAGUUUCUGGACGCUCACAGCAGCGUCUCCUGCCUUGUCCCUGAGUCCAAUGAGAAGAUGAGGAACUCCUACCUAAUCCUGGAUGAAUACAUGCGCUUCCUGGACUGUCGAGAGGGAAGGAAGGACCCGUCCAAGUCCAUCCUUGAUGUUGGUGUAAAAAACGCCAUUUGCUUUAGCGGCUUCGAUGAAAAGAUGUUCCUGGAGAGAGGAGGGAAAUAUGUGUGGAGCAAAGCUGACAUGAAGCUGGACUGGUGAAAUUCUGCUGUUCAACUAUUUUGAUUUACCUUUGCUGAGCGACUGCACUGGUAAUUUGUAAGGGUGAAUAUUUUUAUCUUUAUUUAUGUCUGUGACUUUCAGAACUUACCACACCGCUUGAGAAAAACCCAUAAGAGACAAAAUAGUUUUUACACCUUCCCAUUUAAUUAACAUUGUUGUUUCCUUGCAAAGCAAAUAUGGAAGCUUGUGACCAAAUAUCAUUUUCUAUAAUAUUGGAAGGUCUUCAUCUUACCCAGUAAAGUGCCUUUAGAUAAUGUUUAUUAAGAUUUGGUGCUAUACAAAUAAAAACUGAAUUUAAUUACAAAUAUUUUAGAUUAAAAAAAUGUUUAAAAGUAUUUUAUCUAUUUUUUUUUAUUUUACACUCUGAAUUAUCGCAAAAACAAUAAACUCAUAAUCUUCCAUCAUGGUGAUUUACGGGCCAGUGGCUCCUAUAUACUGUAUAUAUCACAUAUAUAAAUUUUCCAAUGUGUGUGUGUGUGCUUUAGAAAAAAACUAGCUUCAGUGUGCAUCAAAGAGCCUAUAUGUUCCUAAUCAAUAGGUUAGUGUCUUGGUAAAGGUAGCAGACAGGAAGCUACAGUAUCUUGGAUUGAUAAAAGACUUUGAAAACAACAGCUCUAAUUCAGACAAUAAGAUCCCACACGGUGUAAUUCCUAACUCAUUUCUACUCAGUGAGUGGCAGCAGGAGUAAAAAUGAUGAUAUAUGAGUACACUGUGUUUAAAUGAAGAAACUGUGAUAACUGUCAAAAGGAGCAGUUCUAAAGUUUGUUUUUUUUUGUAGUUUUAUUAAAGAGUACUUCAAUGAGAAAUAGCAAUUGACAUUUGUACCAUGUUACCUGCAGUGACCACCAGGUGGCGACAAGUAUUUUCCCCAAAGUCGAAGUCUAAAAUUCAAGAGGCCCAAACAUUUCAGCAUUAUUUUCUGCUUUAAUGACAAAAUUUACAUUUAUACCAUUAAAGUUUUACUCUUU